AUGGAUGAUGAUGCUUAUGAUGAAGAUGAUGAUGAUGUGGAUAAUGAUGAUGAUUUGGAUGAUGAUGAUCAAGAUGAUUUGGAUAAUGUUGAUGAUGUUUUGGAUGAUGAUGAUGAAUUGGAUGAUGAUGAUUCCGUUGAUGUUGAUGUUUUUGGAAAUUUAGAUGAUGAUGAUGAUGAUUUUGAUGAUCAUGAUGAUUUGAAUAAUGUUGAUGAUAUUUUGGAUGAUGAUGAUGAUGAUUUGUAUGAUGAUGUUGAUGUUGAUGUUGUUGGUGAUGAUGAUAUCGAUGAUGAUGAAGAUGAUUAUAAUUGUUUGUAUGAUGAUGAUUUGGAUGAUGAUAAUGUUGAUGAUAAAUUGGAUGAUGUUGAUGAAGAUGUUGUUGAAGGUGACGAUGAUGUUGAUGAUGAUCAUGAUGAUCAUGAUGAUAGUUAUGAUAAAGAAUAUUUAAAUGAUGAUGAUGAUUUGGAUGAUGAUGAUGUUGAUGUUAAUUUGGAUGAUGAUGAUGAUGAUUUCGAUGACGAUUAUGAUGAAGAUGAUGAUGAUGAUGUGGAUGAUGAUGUUGAUGUUGAUGAUGAUGUGGAUGAUGAUGUUGUUGAUGAUGAUGUGGAUGAUGAUGUUGAUGUUGAUGAUGAUGAUUUGUAUGAUGAUGAUGUUGAUGAUAAUUUUGAUUAUGAUGAAUAUUUGGAGGAUAAUGAUGAUUUCGAUGAUGAUGAUGAUUUGGAUGAUGAUGAUGAUGAUAAUGUGGAUGAUGAUGAUGUUGAUUUGGAUGAUGAUGAUUAUGAAGAAGAUGAUGUUGAUGUUGAUGAUGAUAUUGAUUUAGAUGUUGAUGAUGAUUUCGAUGAUGAUGAUGAUGUGGAUGAUGAUGAAGAUUUGGAUGAUAAUGAUUAUUCGGAUGAUGAUGAUGCUGAUGAUUCGGAUAAUGAUGAUGUUGAUGAUGAUUUGGAUCAUGCUGAUGAUGAUGAUGAUGUCGAUAAUGAUGAUUUCGAUGAUGAUGAUGAUUUGGAUGAUGAUGAUGAUGAUAAUGUGGAUGAUGAUGAUGAUGAUGAUGAUUUGGAUGAUGAUGAUGAUGUUGAUUUGGAUGAUGAUGAUUAUGAAGAAGAUGAUGUUGAUGUUGAUGAUGAUAUUGAUUUAGAUGAUGAUGAUGGUUUCGAUGAUGAUGAUGAUGUGGAUGAUGAUGAAGAUUUGGAUGAUAAUGAUUAUUUGGAUGAUGAUGAUGCUGAUGAUUCGGAUAAUGUUGAUAUUGAUGAUGAUUUGGAUCAAGCUCAUGAUGAUGAUGAUAACGUAGAUGAUCAUGAUGAUUUAAAUGAUUUUGAUAAUUUGGAUGAUUAUGAUUUGUAUGAUGAUGAUAAUGAUUCGUAUGAUGAUGAUGAUGAUGAUUUGGAUGAUUAUGAUGAUGAUUUGGAUGAUGAUGAUGAUUUGAAUGAUUAUGAUGAUUUGGAUGAUUGUGAUUUGUAUGAUGAUGAUGUUGAUGAUAAUUUUGAUUAUGAUGAAUAUUUGGAUGAUAAUGAUGAUUUCGAUGAUGAUGAUGAUUUGGAUGAUGAUGAUGAUGAUGAUAAUGUGGAUGAUGAUGAUGAUGUUGAUUUGGAUGAUGAUGAUGAUGAUUUGGAUGAUGAUGAUGAUGAUGAAGAUGAUGAUGAUGAUUUGGAUGAUGAUGAUGACGAUGAUGAUGAUGAUUUGGAUGAUGAUGAUUUGAAUGAUUAUGAUGAUUUGGAUGAUUAA